AUGAGCCAUGGAAUCUUCACAUUGGAUGAUUUUGUGGGAUACAUCCCUGUCAUUGCCCUUUUGGGUUUUCUCGUGUACAGCAUUGUCAGUCUGUUGAGCUAUCUCCUGACAUUACCCUUUCGAUUUUUGAAGAAGGGGAGUAAAGAAAAGGCAAAUUUGAACAACGAUGAGGAUUGCAAUGGCGAAGAUGUUCAAAUGAGUUUUACAGGUGCCACCAACAAAUCCAUUCUGAUCAUCUUGGCAUUGUCCUAUCUACUUUCUCCCUUGCAUCUCCAAGGCCAAGGCAUGAAACAAGGGAACAACACUCCACUCUACCACCACCACAAGAACAGUAGCAGUAGUAGUCACCAGGGACUGUUUGAUCUGAUGCAUGGCAGCGAUCCCAAAAUCCACCAAGUCAUGGCGCUCAUGCCCAAUCUACGAAGAGGACCCAAUCCUCCACUCCUCUUUGCCAACCGACAUUUGCAGUUCAUUCCUUGGUUGAUUCAAAAUGAAAUUCAUCGACAAGAAGGAAUUCCCUAUCAACGCAUGGAACUACAAGUCACGGCAUGUCUGGACAAAUCACAAGAACACUGUGAACGAAGUCCUCUUUUGAAUGAUACCAUUACUCUGGAUGUCUUUCCUCCAUUUCAUGACCAGAAUGGUGGUACAUUCCACAAGGGAUCACCCAUUAUUUUCAUUGCGCCUGGUUUGAGAUGUGAGAGUCAGGACAUUCCCGGUACCACCCUGGUGCGACGAGCGUACGGGGAAGGAUUCCGUUCCAUUGUGAUCAAUCGUCGUGGUCACACACCCAAUCAACCUUUGACAGCACCACGAUGGAAUCUGUUUGGUGACACGGACGAUCUGGAACAAGCUUAUUGGUACAUUCAACAACACCAUGCGGCCCCUCAUACUCCCUUUUUUCUGCAUGGUGUCAGUAGUGGAACGGCCGUGGUGGUGACGGGAUUGUCUCAGUUUGAUCAACGACGCGAGGUUGGUGACAGUACGGCACCUUCCUUUGUGGCAUCCAUUUCGGUGGUACCAGGAUACGAUAUCAGCAAGGUCAUGAUGCCCGACCGAUUCAAGUUGCCCUACAAUCCACUCUUGACGGAAUCCUCCAAGGAUCACUUUGUACGACAAAAUGAAAAAGUCUUGCGGGAGUUUGAUAAUCAAGCGGUGGACGAUGCCUUGGCGGCCACCAAUCUACAAGAACUGCUUCAUGCUGUCGCUCCCUUUGCCGGAUAUCCCAAUGCCACGGCCUAUUUCCAAAAAGAGAAUCCCGUCAAUGACGUGCAUCGCAUCACCACACCCACACUCAUUGUCAACAGUAUUGACGAUCCCUGUUGCAAUGUGCAAAACAUUUAUGAACAAUCGCCCUAUCCACAACACAAUGGGCGAUCGUAUGCUCAAAUGGUGGCCGAUUCGCCCGGUGGCAUUUUGGCCGUGACCAAGACGGGGACGCAUUGUCCCUUUUUGGAUUCGUCCUCUACCGGCAAUACGUUGUUGCCGUCUCUGGUCCAGGAUCCGUACAAUGGAGGAUGGAUGCUCGAUAGUUGGGUGGAUCGAGUGGCAAUGGAAUUCUAUCAAGCCGCGCUGCAAGUCUAUGGAGACGAACGACGGUACGUACAGUAA